CAACUCUGAGUGCAGCCCCUUUCCUGGAGGUGGUUUGUUUGACUAGAGCUCUUAUCCAGUCUGGAAACUGUACACAGCAAUGGUGGGUGGAGACCAGGAAUGAUGAAGUAACUUUAAGAAGACCCGGCUGCCAUCCCAAGUGCUCCACCUUUCUCUUUGCAGUUCUCCCUAGGACUCAGAACUCCAGCACUCACUGCUUUUCUUCCUGAACAUCCUGAGUCUGAAUUCCAGUUCUAGAGCAUUCCAAGACAACUGCCCCUGCUGCAGUGCACAGACCUCUCCUAAGAGGAGAACUUUCCCAGAGGUGCCACUGCCCUCAGAUCAAGGCCACCACUGCUGAGAGCAUCCCGAAGCAGACAAGCAGCAGCCCUUCCUUCUUCCUGCUUGUGUGGACCUAGCUGGUCUUCUGAAGUAGUUGAGCUUGGAGAAAGACCGCAAGCUGGGAUACCCCCGAUGCUCUUGGAGUCUUUGCUAUUCUAUUGUAUGAAACCAUGGAUUGGGCCUCCAGCAUUGAUGCAUUCUUUAAGAAUUUUAAGAGGGAAAGCCAAAUCCUCUCUGAGGAAAACAUCAUCUUGAUUAAAUCCUACACUGAGACAAAUAGGCUCCAGAAAGCACUUUCUGUAAUCCACAAUGCACUGAGAGACAUCGAGAAUGCACCUCUGAACAUUGCUGUGACAGGGGAGACAGGGACAGGGAAGUCCACGUUCAUCAAUGCCCUGAGAGGUUUGGGGCAGGAAGAUGUAGGUGCAGCCCCCACUGGGGUGACAGAGACAACCUGGGAAAGAAUUCCAUACCUGCACCCAAAGCUUCCCCAGGUGACACUAUGGGACCUGCCUGGCAUUGGGUCCACUUCCUUCCCACCAGAAAACUACCUAACAGAAAUGAAGUUUGGUCAAUAUGACUUCUUUAUUAUCAUCUCGGCUACACGCUUCAAAGAAAAUGAUGCCCAGCUAGCCAAAGCCAUCACCAAGAUGAAUAUGAAUUUCUACUUUGUCCGAACCAAGAUAGAUAUUGACAUAGAUAAUGAACAGAAGAGUAAACCUAAGACUUUCAAUAAGGAGAAUGUCCUGACAAAAAUCCAAGGUGAUUGUUCAAGGCAUCUCCAGCAGGCUCUCUCCAGUGAGCCUCGAAUCUUCUUAGUCUCUAGCUUUGAUGUGUCCGACUUUGACUUCCCAGAGCUGCAGAACACCCUACUGAGAGAGCUCCCAGCCCACAAGCGCCAUGUCUUCAUGCUGUCCUUGAACAGUGUUACUGAAGAAAUCAUUAACCUCAAGAGAGAUUCCCUGAAGCAGAAAGUCUUCCUAGAGGCCCUGAAGGUUGGAGUACUGGCUGCCAUUCCACUUGGCGGCAUGAUUAUGAAUGACAUUGAGAACCUGGAUGAAACGUUCAAUCUCUACAAGUCUUACUUUGGCCUGGAUGAUGCCUCACUGAAAAACAUUGCCAAGAAAUUUAACACACCUGUCAAUACACUCAAGGCACGACUUCGGUUUCCCCAUUUAUUUACACAGAACGAUGAGUCCUUAGAGGACAAACUGCGGAAAUAUAUCCAUCACAUUUCCUCAGUUACUGGUGGUCCUGUUGCUGCCGGCAUUUAUUUCAAAAAGUCUUACUAUUUGCAGAAUCUCUUUAUUGAUGCUGCAGCAAAUGAUGCCAUAGCUCUUCUUAAUAUGAAAGAUCUUUUAGAAAACAAGGAGGAACCAUAUAUAUCUCAGCCUCCCGAUUACUGGGAAUGAUGGGGAAAUGAGGCACAAUUUCCAAUCAGUGUUUACUUUUGGCGUUGCUUUGGACACUGGAACAUAAUCUACACCUGAGAAACAAACCUUGUCUGAGGAGUGCCAAAGGGCUCAUCCUUUUCCUGUUCUGGAGUUAGAAGAUCCAUGUGGCAAGUGUUCAAAUGUGCUGGAGUAGCAAAACCGUCAGCAACAUUGAGCAAAUGCCUGAGGAAACCUCCUUUCCAUUAAAAUAGUGUGUGAAGCACACAUGAAAAUAUUGA